AUGAACCUAAACACUCCUUUCAAGGUUUAUAUAUGUUGUAAUAGAAAGGCAAUAUUAUGGGAUAUUGAAGCGAUUCGAUUUUUACGCGAAAAUUACCGAAUCGUAGGAUCCUUUAUUGGAUGUCUCCCACGAUAUCCAUUACAAAACCAAUUAUUUGGGUUGCCUAUGACAUUGAUGCCCGAAGAAGUAACUUUACUUCUUUCGAAAGGAAUAAUUGUUUUAGUUGAUGAUGCAAAAAGUCAUCGAUCACCUACGCAAGCGCAGAUCGAAGAAUCUGAACAAAUGAGGUCACAAGAGGAGAAGAAUCAGUUACAGGAAUAUAUUAAAUCUAUAGAGAAGAAAAGAUUAAAGAUUGAAUUCUUACGAAAAAAUAAUGAUUCAGUUCAGCCGGAUGACCCAAAAGAAAAAGAUACAUCAAUUCAGCAAAAAAAUCAAGAAGUUCAAGAUCAGCAAGAUUCUUUAGAUCUUGAAAACUAUACUUCGAAAAUAAGUGGUUUUGCGCCAGUGAUUAAUAUUCAAACAACUUCUUCAUUUUCUUGGUAUAAUGAUAAUGGGAAUUGUUAUAGUUCCAUCGAUUUAGCAAAGCAAAACAAUUUAUGGGUUUGGCCGAACGUUCAAAAGGAAAUACAGAAAUACAAAGUGUAUAGUGAUUUAUGGGAUCGAGGAUAUUAUAUCACAAGCGGUAUUAAAUUUGGUGGCGAUUAUCUUUUAUAUCCUGGGGAUCCACUAAGGUAUCACAGUCAUUUUAUUGCUACUGUCCUUGAUGUAGAUAGAAUUAUAUCUCCAAUGGAUAUUAUUACAUUCGGUCGUCUAGGAACUGCCGUUAAAAAGUCAUACAUACUAUGUUCUUGGGAUCAGCAUCAGGAUAAAGCUGUAUAUCAUAGUUUAGAAUGGUCUGGAUUUGGUUAA